AUGGUGAAGCUGAGAACCAUGAUGAAGCUGAGCACCAUGGUGAAGUUGAGAACCAUGGUGGAGCUGACAACCUUGGGGAAGAGGAUAACAACGGUAGGAAAGGAGGCCACUGGUGAUAAAAAUGACUUCACUGAGAGUGAAGGCACGACUUAUCCUAUCUCCGAGGAGAUUGUCCAACUCCAGGCUAAGGUGGCAACUCAGAAUAUCACCAUCCUGCAGCAGCAGACGUCCAUUGAUGGACUCAAGAAGCACACUCAGAACCUCGAGGCUAGACUGAGCAUUACCAUGAAGGAGGUUACAGACUUCCGUCGCAGCCUGGGCACUAAAAAACGCCAAAUUGAGUGGCUUCAGAAGACUUGUAAGAAUCUGCAAGCAUCGUUCAACAAGUUCAAUGAGCAGUUGACACAUCUUAGGAGGGAGGGUAUUUACGAACCUCCUCCUGGGCUUAGGUCCGCUCCUGCUGCUCAGCCGGCACCCGCUCCGCCCGCACCCCCGGCGGUAGGUGCUGCGACGGCUAUGCAUCAGCCACCUCCAACUGAGACCUCGCCCUUAGGGUGUCUCUCGGCGCCUCUGCCUGAAUUUAACCAUAACAAGACGGAGAUGCAGCCUUGGCUCGACCAGGUGGAUUCCACCAUGAUCUUUGCAAAUGUGCGCCCCGAGGCUCGCGUCACUGCAGCUACUCGUGCGUUGGACGAGGUGGCCCGCAGGGCCGUGUAUGGUGCUAAGAAGCAGGCACAGGGACCGUUUGAAUGGCCGGAGUUCUGCACCGCGCUGAAAGAGGCAUUCAUGGUCAAAAAGUCCGACCAAGAACUGCGCGGACGCCUUGAGCGUAUCAAGUGUCAUGACCGUUCGGUGCAGGAAUAUGCGGUCGAGUUUGAGGCCGCAGCACGCUUGCUCCAAAAGCCCUUGGCUGAGGAGGAGAUGAUGCACAUCUUCAUGAAGGGCCUCCCUGUCAACCUGCAGGAGGCACACAUGACCGGCGGCAUGACCAAUUGGACGACUUACAAGGAGAUGAAGGAGCAGGUGAUCAAAACCGACAACAUCAUUCGCACGUACAUUUUUUGCCCCGAAAAGACAGGCCUGCAGCCCUGUGCUGAGGGCUCUGGUGGUCAUGGGAACCGGCCCCAGAAUGCGAAAGGCGGAGCUGGACCUUCUGGAAAGAAGGAUUUUCAGAAGCCCAACUAG